CUUGCAUAUUUGCCAAAUAAUGCAUGAAAUGAACGAGAUUUUGCUAGCGCGCAUUAUCGAAUAAAGAAAUAUCCAAUUCCAGUUUGCGUGGUUGUGAAUCCAACGCAGGCACGGGGCCUUUCGCUUUUCCACUCGCAGUUGCUGCCGUCGCUAAAGACCACAGACUGGGAGAGCGACUAUGAUACAAGCCAACCCGCCCUGGCAAACCUUGGUCUUGAACUUCAGUAGAGAACAACCUCCCUUACCUGCUCAAUCAGAUCAACGGCGCAGAGACACGACAUGCUCCACGCUCACCGACUUCCCAAUGGCGUCAACAAUUACUCGCACCUCGAGACGCUCUGAAGGGCUCACCACCCGGCCCAGCACCAGAAGCAACGUCGCAAUAUCCCCAAGCAACCACAACAUACGCCUGCAACAAUCCAACAUUGGCCGCAAAAAACGCCCCCGCGAUGCGAUAGAUGACGAAGAGCAGGCUCUCAAGGCGAAGAAGGCCAAAAUGGCCGUCGAAUUCAACGCAAGACCACAACUCCAGCCAAAGACCAGAUCGCUCCUGGUUAAGAGGGACGCGCAACCCACAACUGCCCCUGUGCGGAACCCCCCAACUUCACCACCACAGGCAGCAGCACCGCCACCAAAAAUCGAGAUCGCGACACAAACACAAACGAAAAAAGCCCCGACACCGCCUGUACGAAAACCUGUAGAUCACCACCAAAAGGUCGCAAAUGGCAUCAAGCAUGAGUUGGACCGUUUACAACCAAAUGCGGCCGAUCUCAAGGAUGAGAAGCGGAAGCUGCGAUCACAAGAGGGGGCAAGAUUCAAGAGCGAAUUGUCGGCAUAUUUCCCGGAAUACGAUGAGGUGAUUGGGAAUGAACCCAAGGAGGAACGUGAGUUAUUCUUCUCACACUUCAAUUGCCAUUGACGCUCGUUCUAAAUUGCGAUAGUUAUUCUGAAUGUAGAUACCCCAAUAAGCAUAAUCAAUAGUGCCAAGAUACCCACCCAACAAACCUCCCAACGCAAGCCGAAUGCACCACAGAAAUUCCCUCUCAAAGAAUAUCCUUCCUCGAUAUUUCAUGAUGUGCGCAAUGUGGAAAGAAUGGAUUACUCAUUCAUGUUUAAGACUUACAAGGAGGAUGGAGGGGAGGAUCCGUUACCAAGCGAAUAUUUUGAAGCCAUGCACAAGAGACCCGAGCGGCAGGAGAAGGGAAUCCGAAAUAAUGACAAGGGCCGAGCAAAACACGAGAGAGACCAGGUUGUUCGACUUUUUGAAGGGUUACAAGGUCACGAUUGGUUGAAGCUUAUGGGGGUGAAUGGAGUUACGGAUUCAAAGAAGAAAGAUUACGAACCUGCACGAGAUCAUUUUAUUAAAGGAUGCGAAGCCAUUCUGGCCAAAUUUCAAAUCUGGAAGGACGAGGAGAAGCGGAGGAAGAUGGAGAGAGAUGCUGCUCAAGCCGAAGCACGAGCUGAGUCGGAGCAGAUGGAUAUUGACGAUGGUGCCGAGAGCGAUGGCGACCCGCCGGAUUAUAGUGAUAUUGAUGCUUCAGCGGCAAGACAGCUGCACGAAGAAGCAACUGCUCGCUCAACCCCCGUUGCUCGCCCACCCCCUCGAAGGAACAGAGCCGCGACCGGAACUAUUGUCGUCUUAGAUGACGAGGAGCCACAGAAGGAGUUUACUUCUUUCUUUGCAAAGCCACACAUGAGAGCAUCGGCGCUGGGUAAGCACCGGAGGAGCCAUCGAAGUGUUGCUGCAUGGGGUCACCCAAUACCUGAGAUACCCGAAGCAGAUUUCGAAUUGCCCGAGGAAUUUAGGGAUGAGGAGACGCUAAAGGCCCAUGCAAGAAGAAAGAGACGUGAUAGAAGGAUCAGUAAAUCAUAAGGAUUCGUCUUUCGCGGGGUAUGACUGUCGGGGCCAAAUCGAAAGUGCUUCGUUUGGCUGGAGCUCGUUAUCAUUGGUUUCUUUUUAAUAAUUGAUAGGGGAAGGUUGUAAAACUAGAAUAUCUGCAUAUGGGCAUGGAGUUGAUUCGGAGCGGGACGUGAUUUGACGGAUGGAUGGAGGGGUACUUGAGUAGGAUUUGGAGGGGCUUCCUGGUUGUAUUAUAAGACUCUACUCGAGGGGCGAAAAUAAAAACAGCGUUUGAUUUUAUUAGGAAAGGAACAGACUUGCACGAUGAUGUAUGUGAUGUUGUACUGGAAAGUAUAGAUGCUUAGAAAUGCACCAUCAGAUGAAGAAUUGAGGUGGUACAUCAGGCGUCCUCCUUGUGGACAGGAAAAGUGGUAGAGACUUCUUUUAUGUUAGCUUAGGGUUAACUUGACUAAAAACCAUUAUAUUAGGUUAUUUAUUUGGAGAAUUAAAAUGAUUGAUCUGAAACGAUAGGACAAUCAAGUUAAUUGUUCGAGCCAUUUUAAACAAUUGAGUACUUGGAAUCAACUUACGUUAAAUAGUGCACUUUUCUUGUCCACUGGGAGCCGUCAACUGAAAAUGGAGCCGAGCUGGGGCCAAUGCAGCAGGUGCUCCCCGCAUUCAAGGCCUGAUUAUAUUCCGAUGAUCUCAUUCGCCAAUCUGCGCGUGGGUGGAGACAAGGCUGGCCACCCCUGUCACGUGCGCGUACUGACGAUAUCUCGAAGUGAAGCUGUCGAACUCCAAAACAUUGGAUCACUGUCGCGGAUUCACUGGAAUACCGCACAACGCGUCGCCGUCGCCUCCGACGAGUGUGCCUGGAACACUGCUUCCAGUGCAUGCGUCACCGCCCACGAACCCUCUCGCUGCAUAAUAGAAGCGCCCUUCCAUUUCAUUCUCGUGCAUCGAUUCCCAACGAUACCUUCAGAUACCUUCUUGCGACAACAUCAACCACAACUUCUCAAGCUUCCGCCUACGACUUUCCGCUGCGCACUGCACUGCAUAAUAAUUCCUGUACAAACAUUUCCUCAAUUCGAUUAGGGUGAAUUCAUGAACCCUCAACUUCAAACCUAUACCUACACCCAUUUCGAUCGCCAACACCACGAGUCGACCUACGACGUCACCUUUCGCACAACAUCGAAGCGCUAUACAGGUAGUCGAACCUGUAUCUCCGCCCCUAAACCUCCAGACCGAAUCCUCCGACUCCCGGCCACUUAACCACCGUGGCUUCCCGCGAAAUACAAUCACCUCUGCCCACUUACUACGUUCCGUACCCUGAUGUGAAUCCGCACAUCAUCUUUAACUACCAAAACGCCCGACGCGGUUUUAAGAAGAAGACAGAAGUCGUACGCCACUGGAGAGUUUUCAAAAAAGCGAAAGACAAAUUUGGUAUACAUGCAAAGCUCAAGGAGGCCGCCACUGCAGUUGAUGGAAAACUCCGACGCUCGAUUGCCGCGAUAGACAGGAGCAUUUUCAGCAUCACUGGCACCCUCAAAAAGAAGCAGCAAGAGCUCAACACCCAGGACGAAAUGCCGACCGCACUUCCAGAUAUGAUGGACCUGGGUGAUCCGAUGGCAUCUCUCGCGGAGGUUGUCCCAGCGAAGCCUCUUGUGCCUGUCUAUGGCUUUCUGGUCUCGCAUCAAAAGCUCGACAUACACGUUGACUUUCCUACCCAGACCUUGACUGGUCGCACUGAAAUUACAAUAUUACCACAAGUUAAAGACCUCGAAUACAUCCGAAUUGAUGCGCGUCAAUGUAUCAUCGAAGACAAUCAUGUCUCGGUCGAAGGCGUUGAGACGUAUUUCGAAUACGAGGAUCCUAUGAAGAAGAUGGAUCUCCCAUUGAACGUUGACUGGAGCGCAAACCAAGCUCAACUUCAACAGCACCGCAUCUCCUGCCUGACUACUGACCAAAGGGCAAAUGGCUCAUUAGUCGUUGCUGUUCCACGCAGUGUUCGCGUCCAAGAGGUUGAUCAUUUCUCUGACAAGGCAGGUACACCAGUAUCCCAGAGAGCUGCUUUGAACGGUGUCCCUCUUUCUGCUACACCUGUCUUGACUCCCAAGGCGGCAGCUGAUCAAUCUGCUCGAUAUCAGCCUUUGAAGGUCAGCAUCCAGUUUGCAACCAAGAACUUCCGCGAUGGCUUGCAGUUUGUUGGUUUGAAUGAAGGCGAUGCCCGGUUUCCCAAUGUAUACACACGUCACUCAAUUGACCCCGGAACUGCCUCGUGCAUUUUUCCUUGUGUUGAUGACCCAGCUAUGAGAUCAACAUGGGAUAUCAAUAUCAAAUGCUCUCGAACCUUGGGUGAAGCUCUCAAACGCAAACCUGUGAAACAUCACAAGGCACACACUGGCAAGAAGGACCCUGCUCGUGGUAAUAUUAAUGGUGUAAAACCCACGGAAGAUUGUGAGAUAAACCUCAGCGAAGACGAAAAGCUUCUGGAAAUGGUUGUUUUGUGCUCGGGGGAGCCUAUCCGCGAAGCGGUCGAUGUCCAAGACAGUACGAAGAAGAUCAUGUCCUUCGAGUGCGCUCGACCUGUAGCCCCACAACACAUUGGCUUUGCCAUCGGCCCUUUUGAACAAGUUGAUCUUACAGAGUACCGCGAGGAUGAAAACGCGGAGAAGUUAGGCCAAUCGGGGCUGAAGAUCCUUGGAUAUUGUCCCCCUGGGCGCUCUUCUCAGUUACGACACACUGCUUCGCCUCUCACUUCCGCCAUGGACGAGUUUACCUUGACAUUUGGCGCAUACCCUUUCUCGCAAUACUCCAUUGUUUUUGUCGAUGAUCAAAUACGAGACACGGAACAUACGGCUUCCCUCUCAUUUUGUAGCACUCGGCUACUUGUCAGUGAGGAUAUCAUCGAACCUGAGGUUGAGAGUAUCCGAACACUCGUUCAUGCAGGGGCUACCCAAUGGUUUGGUGUUGCCAUGGUGCCGAAUCAACCGAAGGAUCGCUGGAUCACAAUUGGGCUGUCGCAUUAUAUGACCGGUCUCUUUAUGAAACUCCUUUGCGGUGCCAAUGAUUAUUUUUAUCGCCAAAAGACUCUCUCCGAUAGAGUUGUAGAAGAGGAUAUUGAGAGACCAUCAAUAUACAAUCUUGGUGAAAUUCUCCAUCUUGGAGAGUAUGAGAACGAGUUCAUGGCUUUAAAGGCACCUCUCGUAUGUUUUAUUCUCGACAAGCGUAUUCUCAAGGCCACUGGUACUUAUGGUCUCACUCGAGUUGUGUCCAGACUUAUUAUUUCUGCAAACACGGGUAUGCCAGAGGACAGCGUAUUGACCACCAAGGAAUUCCGUAGGUUCAUUGAGAAGAUUACAAAGUAUCGACAGACUGAGUCUUUCUGGGAUCAGUGGGUUUAUGGUGCUGGUUGUCCUAGAUUUGUUAUCAGUACCAAAUUCAACAAGAAAAAGACAACCAUUGAUAUGAAUAUUUCCCAGUGUCAAGAUACAGAGCCUACCCAACGACUUCUCAAGAAGGACUCAUUCCCCAGAGAGGUCAAGGAGGAAGUCAACAAAGUUUAUGCUGGGGAGGUACAAACUCUUUUCACCGGACCAUUGACUAUUCGAGUUCAUGAGGCUGAUGGUACUCCUUACGAACAUAUCGUCGAGAUAGAUAGCAAAAACCACAAGAUUGAGAUCCCGUACUACACCAAGUACAAGCGCCUCAAGCGAAACCGACGCCAAAACGAACGACAGAAUGCCGGGGCUGAGGGUGGCGAAGAUGGCGAGGAUGCUCUUUACUACUGUUUGGGGGACAAUCUUCAGACGCCCGAAGAAAUUGCAGAGUGGGAACUCGGUGAUUGGGAUGAGGCAGCGGAAGCUAGAAUGGCCCAAGAGUCUUAUGAAUGGUUGCGUAUCGACUCGGAUUUCGAAUGGCUUUGCCACAAGAAAUUCAAUGAAAUGCCUGCUUAUAUGUAUGUCUCGCAACUUCAGCAGGAUCGAGAUAUCGUUGCUCAGCAGGAGUCAAUGCUCUAUUUGGCGGCCAUGCCUGAUCAUAAGCUUGUAGCUACUUUCUUGAUCCGAACCUUGAUGGACGCACGAUAUUACUAUGGCAUCCGAGCAAUGGCGGCAAAGCUUUUGAAGGUUCAUGCUACGAAAAAGGUUGAUUGGGUGGGCUUGAGACAGUUGGAGAAGGCGUUUCAGAAAUUUUCUUGCUACAAAGAUACCUUGAUGCCUCGACCCAAUGACUUCGAGGAUAAGCGCCAAUAUUAUGUUGAUAAGGCGAUUCCGGAGGCGUUGUCUGAAAUUCGAGAUAUGCAUGGAAAGUGCCCCAAGAAAGCCAGACAACUGAUCAUGGAUAUGCUGAAGUUCAACGUCAAUGGCGACAACACAUUUUCCGAUCAAUUCAAAGUGGCCAACUUGUUGUCUUGUCUUGCAACCUCUUUGAUGCCAAAAGAACGUCCUGCAAAUGAAGAGGUGUUUGUUGCUGAGAACCAAGAUGAGGACGAGGACGAGCCUGAGCAGUUUAAGCGUCAAGUACUUGACCAACUAGAUCGUUGCCGUCGUAUGGACGAGUGGAUUGAUUCGUAUCAGAACAUUUAUACCACUACCGUCCUUGAUGCUUACUAUCGACUGAUGAAGUCUAAAGUCAUCCCCUUGGAUCCAGUGGACUUUGUGCAGUAUCUCCAUGAUGGUACAUCAGACUUGGUCCGUAUCAAGGCGUUUGAGUCUCUCAUUGAUCUCGGUUUCAUUACCAAUGAUCAGGUCUGUAAGCUCUUGCUCAAGGUUCUCAGCACCGACAAUUCUCCGUAUACCCGAACUCAUUUGUUUGAGGUCUUUUGUAUUGGUCUCGCUUCUGUGGCUUUUGGUCACCAUAAGGAGGCAGAAGCUUUGGCACAGCCAGAACCGGAAUCAAAUACAGGCGAUCUGACCAUCGAAGAUGGCCUGACUGAUGAGCGAGUUGAAGCACGUAAGCUUCAAAUUGCUCGUACUACGACCAUUGAUGGCGCUCUACAUGCCCUUAAAUCCGAGCUUAAGAACAAUGAAGUACUCAAGGAAGCCUUGUGGGAAUCAAUUAAGUCAACCUCAACCGGGCCUUUUGAGCAGCUCGAUUUGCUGGAUAUAUCUGCAAUUCUAUAUGACCACAUCAACACUAUGAUUCUCAAGCUCAGAUUGCCGCGUUAUCGUAAGGCCGUUUAUAAGCCAACCAAGCCAAAGGAGGGGCAGACGAAAGUAAAGGUACGUAAUAAGCAUAGGGCCUAGAACUAUCCCGUAUUAAUUUCAUGUUUAUAGGAGGCCAUUCUUGUUUUGAAAGAGACACCUAAAGUCAGAACGAAGCCACUAUCUGAGGAUAUGGCGGUGAAGAAGCUCGCUGCUUCAAACGGGCUGAAAUAUUCGCUUGCCACAGUAGUUCCCGAGCCCCUUCCACCACCCGUAGCGCAGCCAGUAUCAGUAAAAAUCCAGGCACCAGCACCAAAACCUCAAAUUACGCAAGCCUCCUCUACUCCUACUCCUGGCCCAGUUCGUAUAAGCCUGACGAAGCUAUCGUCCUCCGUGUCGAAGCCAGGCCCCUUGACGCCGAAUCCCGUAUCUUCAACACCAAAACCCAGCUCUUCGACGCCGAAACCCACAUCCACUUCUGUGCCCAAAUCUGGAGCUGGCUCAAUGAAGCCUCCAAAGCGUCCGCUCGAUGCCGAGGGCGUGGAAGAAAAUCCUCCUAAGAAGCGUCGAAGAAUCGUGAGACUCAAAGUUCCGGGAGACAAGGUACAGGCCAUUCUGAGAACCACUCCGCGUCCGGAGCACAGAAGCAUCAGCAAGUCGUCUUCAGUACGCAGUUCACCGGCUCCUGGUGUCUCGCGACCUUCGCCAAGACCUUCUCCAGCUGUAGCAACCACAUCAACUUCCACCAUAUCUGUUUCGGCACCAGCUCCUUCUAGUAUGGCGAAUAAUGCUCCCAGCAAGCCCCGAAAGCCUCUUCCAGACGCGGUGCCAAAACAUAGCUCAUCUCCAUCUGGUUCUUCCGGGCCAUCGUCUGGUAGGAAACCACUUCCAGACGCUUCUGGUCGUAAAGUUCUCACAGGCUCUAUAUCUAAAGCAGGAGUGAUGAAACCACACAAUCAUUCGAGUACAUCGUCGGCGCAUUCAACAAAUAAGUCGUCGCAUACGAGUAUGAACCUGAGCAAUAGUGCAACAUCAGCAAGUAACUCUACACACACGAGUGUCAAAUCGAGCAAGAGUGCAACACCUCCGCCUAAGAAAUCGAAGGUAGUGAAACUAAAGGUGAAAGUGCCUCUAAAUCAUUUCAAGCCAAGAAAUUGAGAGAUUGCAAAAACGCUGCAUUAUUGAUCCGAGGAUUGCUUACUUUUCCAAUUUUUCUUUAUAUUCUUUUCCCUACAAUAUUUGAGCAUUUAGCGACACAAAAAAAAAGGCGUUUCUGGGGUUGUUUUUCGGUCGAUGAGAGAUGAGAGGGGACGAUAUUUCAUUGCUCUGCAUCAUGGACGCGAGGCAUUCUUGUAGAUAGUAUCAGGAGGGUGCGUGGAUGCAUUUUCUGUGUGUAUUAUAUUUGGGAAGGCAAGCAAGAAGAAAUCAGACAAUGGGUGGCGUUAUUUUAUUCAGGGGACUGGGCCAGAAAGAAAAGCACGAGAAUGUGGUGGAUUUUUGAAGUGGUAUGGAGGUAAUUGGGCAGAGGAGAUGCUUUCGCUGGUGUUGAUUUGGGAGCUGGAGUAGCUGGGCAAAGGAAGAGUUCGUAGAGAGCUUUCUUCUUGAGGAAAUGAGAAUCAAGAUAUAACCAACCGUGUUCUUGUGUUCUGCAUAUCAAGAGUGAGUGAGGUUUGUUGUGCCUUCAUUCGUCAUCUACUUCUUGAUAACAUAAGGGAGGCGGGCAUUGCUCUGUACACGCUAUCAAAAGUCAUUAUGCCAAAAGUCUA